UCUCUGCUCUCAUGUCGUCAGAAGAAAAAACAGAGCCACUCCAGCAGCAAAACAACACAAAGUUUCAGUCUUUUAGAUUUCCCAGAAAUGGAUCUGCUCUGCAACGCAUACUGUAAUGCCUCCGACAACGAAGAAGCAGAAGCAGAAGGAAUUAAAGAAACCGUCACACCCCCCAACCCGAAGCGACUCAAACCCGAUAACCCGUUUGCACAUACCAAAUUUCACCAUCCUCUACCGGAGUCAACCCAGUUUCCGACCACCCAAGCAGAAGCUCCGGUUCCUGGUCGAUACAUAUCCAAGAGGGAGAGGGCGUUAUUGGCUACCCAACCUACUGUCCCCGAACCGAACCCGAACCCGAACGCUCCUGUCACGACCUUGCCUGUUUUUGGGAGUAUUUCGGAUUCAGACGUUCGUCGAGAUGUUAUGUCGUUGUUGAGAAACAAAGGGAAAAAGGGUCCAUCGCAGCUUGGCCAAUUGCCCCAAAGAACGUCUGUAGCUCUAAAUAGGCAUACCAAAGCUGUCAAUGCUGUGCAUUGGUCACCAACUCAUGCUCAUCUUCUUGCCUCUGCUUCAAUGGAUCACACAAUCUGCAUAUGGAAUGUGUGGAGCAGUGAUGAGAAGGUAGCCCGUGUGUUGAAUUUUCACAGUGCUGCAGUCAAAGAUGUGAAAUGGUCACAGCAAGGAUUGUCUGUUCUUUCUUGUGGAUAUGACUCCUCAUCAAGGCUAGUAGAUGUUGAAAAGGGGUUAGAGAUUCAGGUUUUUAAGGAGGAUCAAGUUGUCAGUGUUAUUAAGUUCCAUCCUGACAAUUCCAACCUCUUCAUAUCGGGGGGCUCAAAAGGCGGAAUCAGGUUGUGGGAUGUUAGAAGUGGCAAGGUGGUCCAUGAAUAUAUUCGUGGUCAUGAUCCCAUCCUUGAUUUAGAAUUCAGCACCAAUAGCAAGCAGAUUAUAUCCUCUAGUGAUGUAUCCGGACGCAACCUCAGUGAAAAUUCUAUUGUUGUUUGGGAUGUUUCACGACAAGUUCCACUAUCUAAUCAGGUUUAUGUGGAAGCCUUUACCUGUCCCUGUGUGAGAUCCCACCCAUUUGAACCAUUUUUUGUUGCCCAGUCAAAUGGUAAUUAUAUUGCAAUCUUCUCUUUAAGUCCCCCCUUCAAGCUGAACAAGUACAAGAGGUACGAAAGCCAUGGAGUAUCUGGGUUCCCCAUUAAAUGUGUAUUUAGCUUGGAUGGGGAAAAGCUAGUCUCGGGUUCCUCCGAUGGUUCUUUAUACUUUUAUGACUACAGGUCUUCUGAGCUUGUUAGAAAAAUCAAGGCGUAUGAGCAGGCCUGCAUAGACGUUGCUAUCCACCCCGUCAUGCCGAAUGUGAUUGCUUCGUGCAGUUGGAACGGAGAGGUUUCAGUGUUCGAGUGAGUUUCUCGUGUAAAAUUUUCAUACAAGAAAUGUAGUGUUUGAGUGAGAUUUCACUGCCCCGACAGUGUUUGGUUGUUUUAAGAGAAGGAUCGAGUACGUUGAAAGCAAUUUCUUGCAUUUGUUACAAGAGAAACAGAUGUAAAUGAAACAAAAAUGAAGGUUUAAUUAGAAAUUUCCUUUGUUUUUUUA